AUGGCACUCGCAGCAGUUGGCCAGAUAUGCUCGACCAGCUCAAUGAGCCACAACCUCGUCCAAUGCCGUGCUGUCGUUCAAAAGGCGGUUUCUGCGGGGGCCAAGGCCCUUUUCCUACCUGAAGCUAGCGAUUACAUUGGAGGCUCCCAAGAGGAGACGAUCUCAUUAUGCAAACCAGCCAACAAAUCARAAUUUGUCCUUGGGCUACAGCAGGACGCUAGGAAGUAUUCCCUACCAAUAUCGGUUGGCAUCCACGAGCCAAGCGACGACCCCCACAGCAAACGCAUCAAGAACACCCUCGUCUGGAUUGAUGAAACUGGGAAGAUUGCGAAUCGCUAUCAAAAGAUCCAUCUGUUCGAUCUUGACAUCGAAGGUGGCCCCAUCAUGAAAGAGAGUGCAAUCAUCGAGCCGGGCUCAUCAAUCCUGGCGCCCUUCCAGACAACCGUUGGAAAGGUCGGAUCGAUGAUCUGCUUUGACCUGCGGUUUCCUGAGAUUGCAUUGGCUCUCAAGCGUCAGCAUGCUGACAUUUUGCUUUAUCCAUCUGCGUUUACGGUCCCGACGGGCGAGGCUCACUGGCUGCCUUUGUUGCGCGCCAGAGCGAUCGAGUGCGAGUCUUAUGUGAUCGCUGCUGCCCAGGCCGGCGCUCACAGUGAGAAGAGACGGAGUUACGGACACAGCAUGAUCAUCGACCCGUGGGGUAAAGUUGUUGCUGAACUGGGCUCCGAAAAUGAGAAUGGGCCGCAAGUGAUCUUGGCAGAGAWCGACUUCGGCAGACUGAAACAGAUCAGAAACGGCAUGCCUUUGCUUCGACGCACCGAUGUAUAUCCGGAAGUGUAA